CUCCGCCCGUUUAGUUUUACUGUGAUUUUUAGCUAUAGGGGCUGUGCGAAAAUAAAAUUAUUGAAUAUAAUGAAUUACAGAGGCCGUCAUAGAGCUGUUAAAAUAGGUUUUGGUUGCUGACGUCAGUUUUAUGGCACAUGAAAGCGGUCAGACAGUCGCAGGUCGCUGACCUCUUAAGACGUUAACAUAUGUAUAAUUAAAGGUCUGCACACUGCAAUAACACAGUGGCAAUAACAAUGUUCAGCUGGUGUUCACAUAGCAAAAAAAAACUGAAAUAUUAGGAGUGUAUUUGCAACAAAUGUGUUUUGAUUGCCUCAGUUCCGUGUCACUUGGCUCCAGACUAACAUUUAAUCCGCUCUAGGGCGGGGACUGCAGGGUUUCUGGAGGAGGUUUGUUAAUGUAUUGCUGCUUAUUUUAUAAGAAAGGAACUGGCUACAUGCUUGUGUUCCAGUAAAUGAACCCCAAAUGGAGACUUAUAUUUAUAAUUUUUUUAAUUGAAUCAUUCAAUUGUUUUAAAUGCUUUAAUUAUGCUUCAAACAACUUGCUAGGUAUUCCUCAACAAUACCAUGGCAAGAAAAACAAGUGGGCUAUGUUUUAUAUAAGGUCAAAUGUAAAAUUAUUUUUGCAAUUUUGGCUGAUCUCGCUUUUUUUUUUUUACUUUCAGAACUUUGGGAUUGAUCUCUCCAAUAUUACUCAGUGUGUGAAGGUAUUUUCUAUCUUCAUGCAUCGCGUCUUUGUUUACGGCUCCCUAAAGAGGGCCCAGCCUAACUACUCUUACAUGAUAGACAGCAAUAAUGGUAAGGCAGAGUUCCUCGCCACAGCUGUCACCGUCCAGAAGUACCCACUGGUGAUCGCUACCAAGUAUAACAUCCCCUUCCUCCUUAACCUCCCUGGGCAAGGCAACAGAGUCCACGGGGAGAUCUACAAAGUAGACAAAAAGAUGUUGGCAUACCUGGACUGGUUUGAGAAGGUCCCCACCAUGUACCAACGAACUGUAGUGGAGCUGGAAAUCAAUGAGUGGGCAGGCAGGACGGGACAAGAGGAGAAGGUAUUGCCUGGAAGCAUCACAGAGGCGUUUGUGUACAGCACCACAACCUACCAGCCGGACUGGCCCUCAAUGCCCACGUACGAGAGCUAUGACUCCAAUGGAGAUCACGGUCUGAAGUUUGUACUGAGAGAAGACCGAAAAUGAAGUCUGCAGCAGUGAUUGUAUGUAGUUAUCCUCACAUUGCUUUAAAUCUAGAAAAAAAAGGGCCUCAAAUAUUCCAACAGAUGGACAGAAAGUAUUCCUGAAUCUGAAAAUGUGUGUAAAAAACUCUAAUUGAGUAACUGGUGUGUUUUUAAUUAAAAUCUCCUGCAAGGCAUUAAACUCAGAGUAGGAUUUUCCAAAAAUGAUGUCAAUACUUUUCUACAAGACUAAGCAAAAGGAUGGCUUCAAAGAAAUCAGGUAAUCUUUAAAAAAUGUUCCUGAACAUUUGUACAGAAGUUUUUUUUUUCUCUUCCUUAACAUUUUUUUUUCUGUUUUUCCUUUUUUUCAUUUGCUAACAUUUCUGUCAUCAAAGUUGUAACGUGGCUGUAAAAAUAAAAAACUAUUUUUGUCAUGGACACUGUCAAAAAUGUAUCUUAGCACCAGCAAGGUGAUUCCCUAAAAGCUAUACUUUUAUUUUUUAUUUUUUAUAGAGAAUCAUGAGAUUAGGAGAGUAAAGCAUAUUUGCUUUUAUUUGUCAUGUUCUUAUUGUUUUGAUUUUGACACUUAGACUCAAUGCACUUUAAUAAAAACUUCUAGGAAA